AUGUUCGCCGUCUCGCCGGAUCCCGGCGGCGCAGGGCGAUCACGGUGGGGGGAAAAGGUGUCGAAAGCCGCGCUUUCCCUCUACUACUCCCUGCCGAAGAAAGGGAAGCCACAGGGGAGGGAGACGACAGUCCUUGCCGCCUUCCUUCUUUCCUCUCCCACCCACGGUACACUCUCUCUCUCCUUCUGUCUUCACUUCAUCUCCAUUCGGGCUUACUUCCUCCUCAUUGCGGCUUGGAUCGCCGAAGCUCAGGUGGUGGUGAAGAGCGCUUAGAAGGGAAAGAGUUAUUAUCGUUGUUGUGAUUUGUUAAGAUCUGCAGGUGGUAGCGUUGGGGACGGGAACGAAGUGCAUCGGCGGCUCCCUCCUCAGCCCAAGGGGAGAUGUUGUCAACGACUCCCAUGCUGAGGUUAUCGCGCGGAGGGCUCUCCAGCGAUUCUUCUAUUCGGAAGUCGGACGGGCGAAGAUCGCCUCCAAGGUCGCGAAGAAGGACGAAGGACGAUCGGAGGAUGGACCUCUCUCGGACUUGCUGUUCUGCAUGGACGAUGCUGCUCCUUCUGACGGCCGUGAGAAGUAUGCCAUGAGACCUGGUUGGGAGCUCCAUCUGUACGUCACCCAGCUGCCAUGUUAGUCAGCACCCGCCAUCCGCUCCUCAAUCUUUAUUUAUAAACAUGAGCAAUCUCAAGAUCGAAGGAGGGCAAUUAAACCGAUUCAGAUAUCUAUAUUUGCAGGUGGAAUUUUGUCAGCGACCCAAUCGGAAUCGCCCUUGAGCUCUUCCUCCGAGGUACGAAAUGUUCAUUAUUAUCAACUGUAGCACCAAGUUUCUGUGAUAUGAAAUAAAAAGGUAGUUAAUCGGGCUCCGACAUACGAAAAAAAAUGUGCGUUAUGUACUCUGAAUAGGCAGAUGUCUAGCAUGCUUUAGCGAAUCCAUGGAAUCGCCAAAUCAAAACUGUCAGACAGUCCCCCGUGAAACUAAUAGAAUUCUUGGUUGCUUAGAAUAAUGAAGCCUGACAGAGCCACCAAUCAUAUUUAAAAAUUCAGGGCAAAUUGACCUCUUAAAGUGAAAACUCGAGGAAGAAAUUAAUCUCGUAAGAAAUCCACAUGCACUACGAAUCUUGGUACAGAUCAUCUGACUUGUCUUCAUUGAUUCAAAUUAUUGUCGUUUCCUCAAACAGUAAAUUUAAGAAAAUUUUACUCACAAAUUGCACUGACGGUCUUAAAGAAAUGGCAGGCUUUAACUAUCAUUUUGUUCAUCAUCCAACAUCUAAGUUGCGAUGAUACAUCAUAGUUUUAAGAUAUGCUUCGGAUUGGAGAGAUGGAUUUGAUGGGGGAAAUUUUAUGAAAAACGUCAGAGAAAUUUGAUAAGGCUAGAGAUAUGCCUAUGGCUUUUAUUUUUAUUAGCUUUAUUCCGUGGAUUUUUGUAUCACUAUUUUAGUGAAAAUCAGGAAGAACAGUUUCUUUCAAUGACAGAAUCAUCAUUCCCAAGUGGAGGACUCGUCUAUGGGUUUCUCUUCAGAAGAUCAUAUAAAGCACCCAGUGAUGGUUCAGAGGAAGCCUGGGCGAGGUGAUACAACCUUGUCAAUGAGUUGCUCUGACAAAAUCACUCGAUGGAAUGUGGCUGGCGUUCAAGGUUCAUCUCUUCAGCUAAAUAUAGAUAUCGGCGGAGAUAUGCACCUCUACCUCCCAGCCUUUUCCUAUCAUAUCUGUUCUUCAAAUUUGUAAUUCUCGUGGGAAAAUUUAUUCAUUGUCUUCCUACUGGAGAAAUAUUUCUUCAAAUUUAUAAUUCGCAUGGGAAAAGCUAUUCACCGUUGCCCGAGUGAAGGAGAACUAUCUCGUCAAUCUAAUGGGGGAACUUAUUAAUCAUCAGCAUCCAACUGAAGGAGAAAUAUUUUAUUUCAAAUGUAUAAUUCUCACCGGGAAAUUUAUUCAUCAUCAUUCAAUCAAAGGAGAGAUUUCUUCAAAUCUAUAGUUAUCAUGGGAAAAUAUAUUCAGUAUUGUCCAACUGAAGUGGAAAUGUCUCUUCAAAUUAAUAAUUCUCUUGGGGGAAUUUGUUCAUCAUCAUCACCCAGCCGAAGGAGAAACAUUUCUUCAAAUUUAUAAUUCUCAUGGGGAAAUUUAAUCGUUAGUAUUCAACUGGAGGAGAAAAUUUUCUUCAAAUUUAUAAUUAUCAUGGGAAAUUUUAUUUUCCUUUGUCCAACUGAAGGAGAAUUAAUUUUUUUGCUAUUUACUGCAGGAGCCUUGUUAUCCCACUUUAUGCAACCUGUCUAUUUGUCUUCCAUUACUGUUGGGAGAUUAAAUGAUUCAUCUCAGGAAUUCCAGUCUGAGGCACCUCUGAGGAGGGUUCUUGUUGACCGCAUACUCUCCUUGUCCGAGAAAUUGUCAACUCCAUUUCGAGUGAACAAGGUAAAAAAGCGAAAUUUUGUUGAAUUGAUUGUGGGGAAGAAAAUUAUUUAUUCUUUUUAUGAUAAAUCAUUGACAGGCCAUAUUGAAUGAGGGUCCAAUGCCCCCUGAGGAAUUUCAAUCGUGUAGCAACGACUUACCAACUUUAAAAUGCGGGUAAUCACUGAAUUUUCUUAUUUUCCUUUUUCACUCGGGAACUCCUCUCUCUCCACAUAUUUUUUUACAGAAUAAUUUCUAUCCCUCUAUCUCUCUGUCUCUUUCCCCUUCAGAUAAACAUGAUGGGCCAGGCUGGGCAUCACAAAUUCUGGCCCAGAGGCCAUUUAAUAGGUUUAUGGGCUUUUAUAAGGUCUGGCUCAGAUAGCCGAGAGCCCAUUUUUACCGCCACAUUGCUGUCUCACAAUCAUUCAUCUCUCUCUCUAUCUAUCUCUCCUCCUCUCAGAUAGGUACUUACAGAUGGCCGGGCUGGGUGCCUAGUCAGCGCUGUUCUUGUCACCAAUUUUUUAUGUAAUCUUGAUAAACCUGAUCACAUUAAGGAGUCGACUUUUAACCAUCAGGUACUCUAUUUGUUGGAAUAUAUCUGGCCUGCACGAGGUGAUCCUUGGAACCACAGGAAGAAAACAGGGGACAUCUUCAAAGGCGGCUCUGCUGCCAUCCACGAUGUCAUCCUUAUGCAAGUAUUAACGUAUUUCGUUCAUAUCCUCGGUUUCGUCUUUAUCUAUUUAUUUAUUUAUUUAUUUAUUUUCAUAACUGCAUGAACCAUUCCUGCUAUUUUUUCCUAUUUUAGGCUGAUCCUUAUAUCACACUGGAGCCGUAUUGGAUAUUUGAAAAAUAAAAAAUAAAUACUUUAUUAUGAAACAAAUCUGCCAUGGGCUCAUUCAGGCGAUGAUCUUCUGAUGAUAGGAGGCGGCUGCUGGAGUUAUUCAAACAAAUCUGCCAUGGGCUAGAGGCUAGUGAAGUCACCUACAGGGAAUUAAAGGUGAUCUUGUCUCAAAUUCCUAUUUUCUGCCCCUUUUGUUGACUUUUUGUCCCCUCGUUGGCUUUCUCCGCUAUGCCUCAUGGCUGCUUUUCCAUUUUCAAUAGUUUUUCUCGAAAAGUAGAAUGAAGGCUGCCAUUCUCCCGCCUGAUACAUCCAUUCAUGUCCGUGAUAAAAAGUCACCCCCCCCCCCCCCUUCAAGCUGACAACUUCCCCUCACCUACCGUCACCUGAGUUGGAUGGAGGCCCAAGAAGCCAAUCUGAUUAUAUUUUUUCCUAUUUUUUUAUUAUAUUGUGACCGUGGCGUCAUAUAGGGAGAUAUAUCCUAAUAUGAAUCUUCAAAUGUUAAUUUAUAUGUAUUUAUUUUCGUAGAGGGUUUUCGCAUAAUGGCAGUCAAUUAAGUUCAGACCAUGAUGUACUACCUUAUUGAAGUGGGAAUCUAAUCGGCUGCAGUGCUGGCAGGAUAUGGCUUGUGACUACCAAUCCACUCUCAUAGCUCUAAAAGGGACGCCGUCUUUCGUCUGUUGGCCACCGAAAUCUAGCCAUCUGGAGAUGUUCUCAAUUCCUCCGUGUGAGUGA